AUGCUCAGCCAAAGUCUAAAACUGAGAGAGAAGACGACACAUCCACACAAGUCUGUGAUGGAUAACGCACACACAAAGACGGUGGAGGAGGUUCUGGGACACUUCGGAGUCAACGAGUCCACGGGUCUCAGCUGUGAGCAGCUCAAGAAGAACAGGGAGAGAUGGGGCUCCAACGAGCUACCGGCUGAAGAAGGAAAGUCUCUGUGGGAGCUGGUCCUGGAGCAGUUUGAGGACCUGUUGGUCCGGAUCCUUCUGCUCGCCGCCUGCAUCUCAUUCACGUUGGCCUGGUUCGAGGAGGGCGAGGGGACCAUCACAGCCUUCGUGGAGCCGUUUGUGAUCCUCCUCAUCCUGAUCGCUAAUGCCAUCGUGGGAGUGUGGCAGGAGCGGAACGCAGAGAAUGCCAUCGAGGCUCUGAAAGAGUAUGAACCUGAGAUGGGGAAAGUCUAUCGUCAGGACAAGAAGAGCGUCCAGAGGAUCCGAGCCCGAGACAUCGUCCCUGGAGACAUCGUGGAGGUGGCAGUUGGAGAUAAGGUCCCCGCAGACAUCCGCCUGGCCUCCAUCUGCUCCACCACUCUGCGUGUGGACCAGUCCAUCCUGACGGGGGAGUCCGUGUCGGUGCUCAAACACACCGACCCGGUCCCAGACCCCAGAGCCGUCAACCAGGACAAGAAGAACAUGCUCUUCUCUGGCACAAACAUCGCAGCGGGACGGGCCAUCGGCGUCGUCGUGGCAACCGGAGUCCAGACGGAGAUCGGGAAAAUCAGAGAUGAGAUGGCAUCAACAGACCCUGAACGCACCCCUCUGCAGAAGAAGCUGGAUGAGUUUGGAGAACAGCUCUCCAAGGUCAUCAGUGUGAUCUGUGUGGCAGUGUGGGCCAUAAACGUGGGCCACUUCAACGACCCAGUGCACGGCGGCUCCUGGCUGCGAGGAGCAGUGUACUACUUCAAGAUUGCGGUGGCUCUGGCUGUGGCCGCAAUCCCUGAGGGUGAGUGUGGGGACCGGGAGGGUGAUGCGGGGACCGGGAGGGUGAGUGCGGGGACCGGAGCUGAGUGCGGGACCGGGAGGCUGAGUGCGGGGACCGGGAGGCUGAGUGCGGGGACCGGGAGGCUGAGUGCGGGGACCGGGAGGCUGAGUGCGGGGACCGGGAGGCUGAGUGCGGGGACCGGGAGGCUGAGUGCGGGGACCGGGAGGCUGAGUGCGGGGACCGGGAGGCUGAGUGCGGGGACCGGGAGGCUGAGUGCGGGGACCGGGAGGCUGAGUGCGGGGACCGGGAGGCUGAGUGCGGGGACCGGGAGGCUGAGUGCGGGGACCGGGAGGCUGAGUGCGGGGACCGGGGAGGCUGAGUGCGGGGACCGGGAGGCUGAGUGCGGGGACCGGGAGGCUGAGUGCGGGGACCGGGAGGCUGAGUGCGGGGACCGGGAGGCUGAGUGCGGGGACCGGGAGGCUGAGUGCGGGGACCGGGAGGCUGAGUGCGGGGACCGGGAGGCUGAGUGCGGGGACCGGGAGGCUGAGUGUUGGGAAGUGUUAUACAGAGAAGAAAUACAGACAGACACAUACUUGAAGGAGCUACUGUACGAUAGACAUUUCCUAACCUCACAUUCUGGAGACAUACCCCUGUCCCAUGGCUCAUUACCUCCCCCUCUCCCCUCUCCGCCUCUCCCCCUCUCUCCCCCAGGCCUCCCCGCUGUGAUCACCACCUGCCUGGCUCUGGGCACCAGGAGGAUGGCCCGUAAGAACGCCAUUGUGCGCAGUCUGCCGUCGGUGGAGACUCUGGGCUGCACCUCCGUCAUCUGCUCCGACAAAACCGGGACUCUGACUACCAACCAGAUGUCUGUCUGCCGGAUGUUUGUGGUGGAGGCGGCGGCCGGAGACCAGUGCAGUCUGAGCGAGUUCAGCAUAACUGGAUCCACUUACGCUCCAGAGGGAGAAGUGUACAAAGAUGAAGCGAUGGUGAAGUGCAGUCAGUACGAGGGGCUGGUGGAGCUCGCCACCAUCUGUGCUCUGUGCAACGACUCCUCCCUGGACUACAACGAGUCCAAAGGUCUGUUUGAGAAGGUGGGAGAGGCCACAGAGACUGCCCUCUGCUGUUUGGUGGAGAAAAUGAACGUCUUGGACACAGACCUGAGAGGACUGAGCCAAUCAGAGAGAGCUACAGCCUGCUGCUCGGUGAUAAAGCAGCUGAUGAAGAAGGAACUGACCCUGGAGUUUUCCAGAGACAGGAAGUCCAUGUCUGUGUUCUGUUUGUCCAAUAAACUCAACCGCUCCAUAACGGGCUCCAGGAUGUUUGUGAAGGGAGCUCCAGAGAAUGUGCUGGAGCGCUGCACUCACCUGCGUGUGGGUGGCUCUGGCCGCGUGCCCAUGAGCAAAGCACUGAAGGAGCAGCUGCUGUCCACAGUGAGGGAGUGGGGAUCAGGACGAGACACUCUCAGGUGUCUGGCCAUGGCCACGAGAGACACCCCCCCAGACAUCAAGUCUCUCAACCUGGAGAACUCUGCCGGCUUUGUGGACUACGAGUCUGAGCUGACCUUCGUGGGCUGUGUGGGGAUGCUGGACCCUCCGAGGAAAGAGGUUCUCAUGAAGUGGAGAAUGUGUCGGGUCAUGGGGGGCGGGGAGAGUCGGGGGGGGGUGGGGGGGGGUUUGUGA